AUGUCGGACGAGGACAAGGCGCCGUUCGAGCGGGCCGCGGAGCAGGACAAGCAGCGAUACCGCGCCGAGUGCCUCGCGGCGGGCAUCGAGGUAUCGGACGUGGUCGACGCGAAGCCGGCGCUGUACUAUUACCUCAAGUCGCAGCGCAUCGCCAUCGCCGAGGCGAACCCCGAGGCGGGGCCAGCCGAGCUCAUGCAGAUGAUGAGGCAGAACUUUGCGGCGCUGUCGGAGGAGGAGCGUGCGCCCUUCGAGGAGGAGGCUGCUGCAGACAAGACGCGGCACGAGCAGGAG